AUGUCAAGCCGUGCCGUUCGCAAGCUGCUCUCCGCGGACUCGGUCCCGGAAACGAACGCAAGCGAAGAGCCUGGCGUUGCGGUGGACGAUCACUCGGUGGCUGCAAACGAGGCUCAGGUCGGUGUCCGGAACCCCUUCGCUGUGCUCGCUGACCAGCAGGAGCACGAGGAUGGCUUCGGAGAACCUGAGAAACCUCAAAACCAGCUCUCUGAUUCUGUGGAAACUUUUCUGGUGCCGGAAUCAGGUGCACCGUCACGCCGUAAAGGCAGAUCAAGACGAGCAAGCCGGGUUGCAGGCCAAAAAGUCUCAGCGGAAACGGAGUUUACUAUAGGCUAUCGGGAGCGCACCUUGCAUGGCACCCGAAAGGACGCCUCUCGAGAACCACAAGUUGACGAUGAAAACCUCAGCCAUCACUCUGAACUGAAGCAUCGUUGGUAUGCACAAACAUGUGCCGGAUUCGAGCCCUUUGCUGUGGACACGAGCAAACUCAAUGCGGACGGUGAGCUGAAGCACUUGUUCGGUCGUGAGGUCGUCGAGCGCGACCAUCUCGACCAACAACGUGCCCAGUCCGCAACCGCUACCAGCAGUCGAGGCUCGCGGGCGAUUCGCCAGCAGCAACGUCGUUAUCGGGAACGCAACAAGUCGUCGCGAUACGCGCUAGACCUGCGACGGCGCUCAUUAUUCGUGUACCCGAACCCGGACUGGUUUCAGUUGGUACGGGGCCUCACAAUGGAGCCAGCACCAAACUGGAAUGCGCCUCGUCCAGUGUAUAGGUACCGCUUCCGAGAUCCAUACAAUUCACUUGAGGAAGGUUUUGAGCAGGUGGUGCGCUCCGGAGACCAUGAGCUUUUAAUCGAGUUCUCAUGGACGAAUCCGUUUCACGUCGGCGCUCUGUUGCAGCUUUCGGAACUCUAUCGCGUUUUCGCUGAGGCCGAACGCGAACAAGAGGCGAUAGAGCGAGCGCUUUGGGCUCUAGAAAUCAGUACACAUCCGCGUUAUCGACCGGGCGAGGCAUAUCUGCCUUUCGCAUACGUUGAAAACCGACAGUACUACCGAGCGCUAUGCUGCGCAGCGGAGCGCGCGCGAAGCAAAGGCGCCUACCGCUCCGCCACGGAAAUCGCCAAGGUGCUCUGUACCCUCGAUCCACCGGUCGACGAGACAGGCUCGACAAGACGUCCGUGGAGCGACCCAGUAGGCGCGUUGCUGGUGAUAGACGCGUACGCGUUACUGGCAAAGGAGUGGCAAUGGAUCUGCCAGUGCCUAGAAAGCGAACAUCCUGCGGCGGUGUUGCUGCGCGAUCUCCCGAAUUGGCAGUUCAGCUAUCUGUAUGCGAAAUACAAAAAGAAUGGGAUCGGAGCCUCGCAGAUUCACGCGUCGCUAGUCGACGCGCUGCUCCUGAAGCAGCUACGCAUGUGUGUGGAGCGCUUUCCUCAUCUAGCUCGACUGCUCGCCUUCGAUGCACGUGACGGUAUGGAGUCGUUGCCACUGCUGUGCCGCCGCGCGAUGUUCGGCUACGCCUCACGUACCGCUGCUCUCUGGCGGAACAGUCCGCUCAUGGAUUGUAUCCGGCAGUGUCUGGGAACCUCAGACGCACGAAGUAUUCCAGCGUACCCGAUAUCCACGACCGAUGCGUCUUGGAUCGGAUGCGUUGGCUAUAGCGAUGAUAUUCGGUACACGGAAUGGAUUCAUCGAGGCGAUACCGCUCCAGCGAAUGGCAGUGUAUCGUUCGGCGAGGAGGAGGCAGCUGCAUCGGCAACGACCAUAGCGGAUGAGCUGCAGUUCUUGUCCAUGGGCACCAACACCGAAUCAAACCUUGACACAAAUGCGAGUUCAGAAGUGGAAUCAGGCGAAAUGACACCCAACGGAUCCGAUAGCGACGCAGUUGCCGAACGUUAG